AACUGCAUUCAAAUACAAGGGUGCCACUGCAACACCACCAGAAGCCAGAACCAUUUUUUUCUUCUCAUAAGUUCCAUAAAUGCACGCGCUUUGAAGACAGCUUCUUCUUUUCCAAAACCAACCCAUAUCAGAAAAAGUCACAAAGUUGUUACCUUUAAAAUUGUCUGGUUCAGAAGAAUAAAACAAUCCCUGUGCUUGCAAUCUGUUGUUUCUGGGAACCCAUUUUUCAGUUUUCAGUUUUUCUCUCACUCAUUUUGUUGUACUUGUUUUGUUCCUUUGAGAACCGUGGUAAUGUCUGUCUCAAAGUACAAAAAGCUGUGCCUUUGUCUUGUUUCAUUGUUCUGCUUUGGUUGUGUGGCUAUGGCUUCUAGUGAGAGUAGUAGUGGUUCCAAAGAGCUUGAUCAGACACCAACAUGGGCUGUGGCUUGUGUCUGCACUGUUUUCAUCUUGAUUUCCUUAACUCUGGAGAAAAGCCUUCACAAACUGGGAACGUGGCUACGGGAAAAGCACAAGAAGGCUUUGCUUGAGGCUUUGGAAAAGGUCAAAGCUGAGUUGAUGAUUCUUGGUUUCCUUUCAUUGCUUCUGACUUUCGGGCAGAGUUACAUUGUUAGAAUAUGUAUUCCUCUCAAUGUGGCAGACAAAUUGUUGCCUUGUAAGUAUGUUGGUACCGACAAUGAAUCAAGUAGUGAAGAGGAACACCGUAGGAAGCUUCUUUCUUAUGAACGCAGAUAUUUGUCAGAUGAAGCUACCCCUUAUCAAUGCGGCAAGGGACAUCAGCCACUUAUAUCUGUGAAUGGAUUGCACCAGUUACACAUCCUCAUAUUCUUCUUAGCUGUCCUUCAUGUGCUUUACAGUGCUGUCACAAUGCUUCUCGGAAGACUAAAGAUUCGAGGAUGGAAGGCAUGGGAGGCAGAAACUUCAUCUCAUGGUUACGAGUUUGCCAAUGAUCCUUCAAGAUUCCGGCUUACACAUGAAACAUCGUUUGUGAGAGGUCAUGCUUCAUUUUGGACAAGAUAUUCAAUCUUCUUCUAUAUAGGAUGCUUCUUUAGACAAUUUUAUAGGUCUGUGGGCAAGGCUGACUACUUGGCUUUGCGCAAUGGAUUCAUCGCUGUCCACCUGUCUCCUGGAAGUAAAUUUAACUUCCAAAAGUAUAUCAAAAGAUCCUUGGAGGAUGACUUCAAGGUAGUUGUUGGAGUCAGUCCUGUCCUCUGGGCAGCAUUUGUUUUUUUCCUGCUUCUAAAUGUUUAUGGAUGGCAUGCUGGGGUAUGGGCAUCCUUAAUUCCUUUUUUGAUAAUUUUUGCUGUUGGAACCAAACUUCAAGCCGCAUUGGCAAUGAUGGCUAUUGAAAUCACAGAAAGACAUGCUGUUGUACAAGGGAUUCCUCUUGUUCAAGGCUCAGACAGAUAUUUUUGGUUUGGUCAGCCUCAGUUAGUUCUUCAUCUUAUCCAUUUUGCUUUGUUCCAGAAUGCAUUCCAGAUAACAUAUUUCUUGUGGAUAUGGUAUUCUUUUGGGCUGAAAAACUGUUUCCAUGCUGACACUGAGGUUGCAAUAGUGAAAGUAGCUUUAGGGGUUGGAGUUCUUUGCCUCUGCAGCUACAUCACCCUUCCAUUAUAUGCUCUUGUUACUCAGAUGGGAUCAAGAAUGAAAAAAUCAAUAUUUGAUGAACAAACAUCAAAGGCGUUAAAGAAAUGGCACAUGGCUGUGAAAAAGAAGCAAGGAGUGAAACUAGGGCAAUCCAGAGUGCGAGCCAUGGAUGGAAGCACCACAGAUUCAACAGUACACUCUUCUGGCCCCACACUACACCGUUUCAAAACCACUGGUCACUCAACUUCUCACACCAUGUCAACCUACGGUGACCAAGAUGAUUACCAUUCUGAUAAUGAAUUGACUUCCAUUUCACCAACAUCAAGCUUGAUAGUAAGAGUGGACCAUGAUGAGCAAGAACCAGCAAAAGAAAUUGAACACCACCCCACAGCCAACAAUCAAUAGGUGGCUUCACACUGAACAUAUGGAAAGAGGCAUGGAAUAGCAUCAAAAGUUACUCCAUUCAACCAUUUUUUGUUCCUUUACAUGAUAUAUAUAUAUAUCUUGACCUUGUUUAGAGAUUUCUAGAUUUUUUUUUUUUAAUAGGCAAAUGUUAAUUGUUAGUGGGAGAAUUCAAACUCAUUCCUUCCUUAUCACUUCAACCUUAUAUCCCUCUCCCUAAACUACCAAACCACCUUAUAACUCCAUUUCUAGAUAUUCUUACACUAGAGUCAGUUUUGUACAUUCUUGUUCUUAAAGACACUUGCUGGUGCUGGAUAAUUUAACUUUGCUCAAAAUCA